GUAGCAAUCUUUUAUUGUUUGGAAUUUAUUCAACGAAUCAGCUCAGUGACGGAAUAAGGAUAACAGGUAUAAGGAUAUAAGUUUUAUCUUCUUUACUCCGUGGUUCAGUUUUGAGUUGACGUACUUAGAAGUGUCACUGGUCUUUGGUCUCAUUUUUGUCCCAAGUCUCUGAACAGAAUGAUCAUUUUUCGGAUACAGUUACUAUGUAUACUUCUCAUUGGAAGCCAUAGAUUGGAAGCCACCAAGACAUCAGCAGGUUCUUCAUCGGCCUCUCAAUCACAAAAUGGGCCAAAAGAGCAUGAUAAAUCAUCAAACGGAAUUGGAGAGAAAGUCCACACUCAUCAUUGGGACUGCCAGCCGGAUUCACAGAGCUUCCAAGAGCAGAUAUCGUUGACAACAAAACUGCUACAAGACGGUGACGAAUUUGUGAAAAAACAAAACAAUUUCUCAGAAGAUGAGACAGUUGUGCUAGUUAUAGGUAAGGCAGGUGCUAGCAAAUCAAAUUUAGUAAAAUUUUUGACAGGAAUUGAUAAGUUGGUGUCGAAAGAAAUCCACACAGGUACUGGUGAAUACAUUUAUGAAGAUACUACAAAGAAGAGUUCAUCGAUAGCUGCUGUCAACCCUGAGUUCAUAAAGUACAACUCAACUUUCAACUAUUGUGUUACACCAAGAUUCCACGAUUCUAUUAGCUCGGCCCAUGAGAUAGUUUCUAUGAAUAUUAUGAAGUCAAUCGCAAACAAAAUCAAGAAGACAAAGAUUCUGCUUGUUGAAAACUAUGAAUCUCUAAAAUUUGGACAAUCAGAAGAUAAUUUUAUGGAAACUCUUCGAUACGUAGAUGAUUUUAUUGUGGAUAUUGACAAGUAUAAGGAUCACUUAGCAAUAAUCGUCGCUAGAACACCUCUCACUUACAGAUCAACGGAUGAUAUCAACAUUGCAUCUGGAAUAGUCACUGAUGAGAUGCAUAUUGCUGGUAUAGCAAAUUAUUUGAAUCACUUGGAAAAGUUUAUAGGAGACAAGUUAAAAUUGAAAAUCAGUAAAAGCGAGGAAGAAUUCUACAGGAGAGCGAUUCGACUUCUGCAGAGUCUUCAGAGCAGAGAUAAAAAUGGACAGACAACAAGGAUAAAUAUAUUUCGUCAACCAUACAAGUCUGGAUCUCCAAAAGCCAUGCAGCUGCUUGUGAAAAACAGGGAAUCAUUGCUCCAUACUAUCACCAGUUUGAAUUCCAUUCACGUUUCACUGAAUGACUUUGAUUAUGUAUUGUCGAAUCAGGCCAAAAUAUAUCUUCAAUGUAUGCUGGAUUUGAUUAAUGAUAGUUAUAAGAAUGAAACCAGUAAACUCUCAUUGAAACUAAUCGAGCACCUCAGUAAUGAAACACAAAGCUACGAAAAUUUCAAUGAGAUAAUAUUUUAUUUGAAAAAACUGCAUGGUUCUUUGAAACGCUUGUCACAAGGUCUUGAUAGAUCAAACAAUGAUGAUGAGUAUUUCGGUUUGGUUCAUGGUUUUAUUGCUGAUCAGAAAAUUCCGAUACAAUAUAACGGAAAUACAAGUUUAAAGUUCCCAGGUAGGUAUGAAGACUUAAUGAUGGACUUUGUAAAUAAGAACAGACUUUUUAAUCCAUCUUCCUGGACUGCUCCAAUAAGGAAAGUGAUAGAAAAAACUGAAGAUGAAUUGGAGUGGUAUGAAACAUUAAAUAAAUUCAUAGAAGAAUUAUCAGGCUAUGAAAUUCAGAAAAUGAAAAAUAAGUUUGAGAUGGGUAGGAGACUUUUACAUGAGAACUCAACAGUAGAUAAUAAUGAUCUGUUAAUGCAUGUCUGGGAUAUUUAUGGAAACAAAUUCAUUAAACAGUUGAAAGAAGCUUCAGGGGAUAGCAGGAGGAAAAAAGAGGUGGAGCUGAUAACAAACAGUUUGUUGAAAGAGAGUAACAUAACUUGCGACAGUAAUGGAACGUUGAUUGUAAGGGGUUAUUUGGUGAGGUUGUCGGAAAUAAACUCGGAGAAACUGGUUCGAGAGCAUUGCAACAACACAAAACUGAAAGAAGUGGGUUUGUUGGCGGUUGAUACAGUGUUCUUCGAUGAAGAUACAGACGACAUUUUCAAGGGAGUGAAUAUGGUGAUAUCAGCGCCCAAAUGGAAAGUGAUUGGAGAGAAGAGGAGAAUCGUUCUCAGUGGUGAGGAUGGCUCCAAAAUGCCUGGUAACCCAUAUGUGGCUGAUAGUAAAGAUGGAGCUCCAGGAUUACCGGGUGGCUCAGGAGGAAGUUUCUUUGGGCUUGGUUACGAAUUUUCCAAAGGUGAAGAUCUAACAAUUGAGUCAAAUGGAGGGAGAGGUGGUCCCGGAGCGGAUGGAGCCAAAGGAGAAAAAGGGGCUGAUGGCAGGGAUGGAGCUGAGAAAGCAAUGGAACAAUUUAUAUUAAACUCUACUCCUGAUUCUGCUCCCAUGUUGGACUCUACGAGUUACGUCCAUCUGGCACACAAUGUGAGAGAACCAAGCCUUGAAAUUUUAUUCGAUAAUAAAACUGAUAACUUGAAAGAAAUGGUUUUCAAAAACGAAAAACAAUGCGCAGAACCCAUUUACUCUGACGGAGGCUCAAUCUACUACAACUGCUCGGAAGUUUACCUUCGGUUAUUUUCAUUCACAGAGAACGGCGACUGUGGAAGCAUUGGUGGCUCUGGGGGGCUGGGGGGAGAGGGGGAGAGGGAGGUUUGCCAGGUGAACAGGCUCUGGUAGAAACGAGCUACAAAAAGUCGGGGAUCCACUUUGAAAGACAGGAAGGCAGGAAAGGAGAGAACGGGAGGAGGGGAGAAUAUGGUGAUCGUGGUCUCAAUGGAGCAUCAGUCACGUGUCAUCGUUUCGACGGCACAGUUGUCAAAAAUGGAGGAAGAAAUGAUGGAGAGUUGGAGCGUUACAUCAAGUGCUUCCAUGGAGGAACAUCACUCGUAUCGUGUGAUGAACAUCAGCCACUCAACACAACUGCUCAAUACUCAAGAACAGGCCUGAAAAAGCCGACCCCCUUAAAGGAUAUUGAAAUUUUUGAUUAUAUGGAUGAAUACUCAACUCUACGUGCACAACACAGGAAUAAUCCAGUAUUCAAUUUCAUGCUAUCACAGUUUUCAUAAUCGGAAAUAGAUAAAAUCCGAAAACUCCAGACACAAAUUCAAGAAUGAGAAAUUCCAUCAGUAACCGGUUGCUUCAUUUUCAUUUGAUAAUAAGAUCUAGAUUAUUUAUUGUCUUAUCUACCUCGAAAAUUUUAUUUUACUCCUAAAAAUUGAAUUAUUCCAGAAUUUAGCUGAUCAAACACAGUCAGGAUUAAAACAAUUUAAUUUAGAAAUAGGUAGGCCUACUGAUAGUAUAAAAUAGAGUUGUAUGUAACUGUCAAUAUUGCGGAGGUCUUGACAGUGUUAGUUGUAAGAUAUUGGUAAAUAUUGCAUUGCAUAAAUAUUAUAUUGUAAAUUAGAAACAUAUUGCUGAUUAAGGUUGAGUGGUAGAAAGGACUUUCUAGUCCUAACUCCGCCUAAUAAAGAGUAUUUUCAUUUUCAUUUUCAUUUUCAAAAGGAAACUAUUGAAGUAUAUCAUAUACUGUGUUAUGAAGCUUUAUGUUCGAAUAUUCAAAUGUGUUCAUCAGGUGAAUAAUUGAAAUAUAGAAAAAUCGAACUGUGUUUAUUGACAUUAGAAAAUGAUCAAGUCAAAUUAAUUAUCGCUCAUAUGAACUAUAAAUAAAAUGCAUUCAAUUUUCAAGAAGACGAUGUACUUUGCUAGUUUAUCAACAGCCACUCACAACUAAAUUCUAUUACAAACUGAAAGUUUAGAAAAUGACGUAUGGAAAAAUUUCCAUUCACACUCGCCAUAUUAACUAGGUCACCCGAAAUGGGAAAUUCUUUUUACACAUUACUUUACACUAUAAUAUAAUCAAUGUAUUAUCAUACAUUUUCACAGUUCUAGGCACAUUCGAUUAGUCUGUCAAUUCUUAUUGAUUACUAUUUCAACAAUCAUCGAAUACAUUUCCAUGAUAUCUUAAUUAUUGACAAUGAAUUGAAAUACUCUACCCUGAAAAAACCAUUUUCAAAAUUGUUUAUUACAAGUCCAUUCCAUGAGGAAAGGUUGAAACGGUUUUUGAGAAUACUCUUCUGAAACUGAGUAGAAAACAGGAUGAUUUGGACUUUUAAAUGAACGAGAUAAAAAAAUAUUUAUGUUGAUAUCCUUGGAUAUUUCUCCCUCGAUCUUCCAAAUAUCUUAGUUUCCACCAUUUAUUAAGAAGCAAAACUGACUCUAUUAAAAAUAGAGGAGAAUAGUCAAGAAAGAAAAGAAAGUAGAUAUUCAAUCAGUUUUGACUUCAUUUAAAUAAAAGUAUUUGACCACUGACAAGAUAUUAAAAGGAAUAACAAAAUAAUUAAAUUAAAAUAAUAAUUUAAAAGGGUACUUAGAUUUAUAUUUUUAUUUUUAUCAAAAGUAGCCCUAAAAAAGACAAUAUUACAAGGAAAUUUGACCAGGUUGUUUCUUAUUAUACAUUGGUAAGCGAUACCAAUACAUUGUGAGUCAAUUGUGUGGGGGAUCCAUCUUCAAGUAUCAACUAUUUCAGAUUUCGAAAAUCAUGUCAUUGCAGAGUAUUGUCGCAAACUUGUAUACCUAUGCAGUUGUAAUAAUAAUUCCUGAAUUCAAAGAUCUAAAACUAAAAAAAUAUAGUAAGAAAAUGUAGAAAAGAUGCUCUGCUAUUUACAACUCUGAUAAUAUUUUUGAAGGUGAAAUUUUUCAUUAUUGUACAUCAUAAUCCAUAUUUUAAAAGUCCAUUGGCACUAAGACAACGUCAUGUUGUUUCAUCCAUUCACAAAUCGCAGCCAUUGCGUCACCCAUUGAUCUGAAAAAUUAAAAAAAAUAUUAUCGUUGAUAUAGAAACAUUCAAGUAUUAACACUAAACAGUAGAAUUUACACUGUGUAGAGCAAUCAUUGAGUUAUUUCUAUUUACAUCAUUCUGUGGAAAUGUAACAAAACAUUUUUAAUUUUAUUAAAUCUAACGUUAUGUAAAUAAUAAUAGUUGAUAUACAUAUAUCAAUCAAAACCAAAUAAAAACCAAAUAUACUAUUAGUAUUGAUAUGAAUAUUGUAUAUUACUUGAAAUUGCAUUAUAAGUCGAAACAUGUUGUGAGAAAUAAAAUUAAGUUAAAAAAUGGG